CGGACGCCCGCGCCCCGUCCGCCGGGAGCGCCCGGGCCCCGCGUGUCCCCGCUCCCUCAUUCCUCCCACCCCGCGCGGAAGGGAUGGCGGGGGUGGGCGCCGCCCUGCUCGCGGGGCUGUUGGCGAGGCUGGCGCUGGUGCUGUACGGGCUGCACCAGGACCGUACCAUGCGGGUGCGCUACACCGACGUCGACUACCGGGUGUUCACGGACGCGGCGCGGCUUGUGACCGAGGGGCGCUCGCCCUACCGGCGGGCCACCUACCGCUACACGCCGCUCCUGGCCUGGCUGCUGACGCCCAACGUGUUCCUCACCGAGGUCUUCGGAAAGCUGCUCUUCGUGGCCGGGGACCUGGCGGCUGCUGUCGUCGCUUUUCGGGCCCUGCGGCGCCGGGGAGCCCCCGCCGGCCGCGCCUGUGGGUGCUGCGCCGCCGCCUGGCUCCUGAACCCCCUGCCCAUGGCCGUGUCCAGCCGGGGCAACGCGGAGGCGCUGGUGGCGCUGCUGGUGCUCGCCACGCUGUACUGGGUGAAGGCGGGCAGCGUGGGCAAGGCCGCCGUGUGCUACGGGCUGGCCGUGCACAUGAAAAUCUAUCCCCUGACCUACGCGCUGCCCAUAGCGCUCCGCCUGAGCGUCGGGCCGGGCCGCAAGGGGCAAGGGGCGCUGCGUGCGCGGGGGGACACAACGGCAAAGGUCGCGUUCAUGGCGUGCCUCUGGCACCUUUUUGUAAAGAUGCUGAACCGCGACGUACUACUCUUCGGAACAGUUGCCGGAUCAGUGCUGGCUGCCUUGACUGUGGCAUUUUAUCACCUCUAUGGCUGGGAGUUUUUGGAGCACGCCUACCUCUAUCACCUGACUAGGAGGGAUAUCCGUCAUAACUUCUCUCCCUAUUUCUACAUGUUGUACUUGACAGCAGAGAGCAAAUGGAGUUUUGCCCUUGGGCUCGCAGCUUUCCUGCCCCAGCUGCUUUUGCUCCUGGUUGUUUCCAUAGCGUUCUACAGAGACCUUGCCUUCAGUUGUUUCCUACACACCGCUAUUUUUGUGACUUUUAACAAAGUAUGCACAUCCCAGUACUUUGUCUGGUACCUCUGCCUUUUACCCCUUGUAAUGCCUAGUAUUAAGAUGUCCUGGCGUAGGGCCGUGCUGCUUCUCUUUCUGUGGUUCAUCGGACAAGGCCUGUGGCUUACUCCUGCAUACUUUCUGGAGUUCAAAGGAUAUAACACUUACUUAUUUAUAUGGUUGGCAGGCUUGCUUUUCCUUUUAAUUAAUAGCCUCAUAAUUGUUCAGAUUAUUGCACAUUAUCAAAAAGAAGCACAAGUUGCAAAAAAAGUCAAGCAACGGUAAUAAACUGACCAAAAUCCAGAAACUGCCCUACUGUCUUUGGUAAGGCGUCACAUAUCACCAGCCCUUCGUCUAACAAAAGUGCACUUAAGUUGUACUAAAGCACAUUGCUGUUUCAAGCCCUGAGAGCGCUGAUGGCCUCAGUUGCCCUGAGCAGCCCCAGUCCUGCCCUGAGCAGUGUCAGCAGGGGUACCUGUCUCCUGUGGGGGUUUUGAAACUGCCUUGCAACCCUCUCUCCUGCACUGUCUCCAGCUCUGUCCUCCCACUCCUUACUAGAAUCCCUGGAAGUACCCUGGACCAGUUAAAAUCACUUAACCGUCUUUGGGGCUCUGGUGAACGGGCUCUACCCAUCUGCACUGACAGUCUUCACCUGCCGCCUCCAGAGACAGUGGGGCUGUGCCCUGCUCUUUGACCCCUGUGCUGGGGCCACUCUCAGUUCCUGCUCAUACUCCCUUAUGGAGUAGCCCUGGAACCUUUUUUCUCAUUCUCAGUGUUAAUCUGAUUCCAGAAUAACACAGAAGAUAAUAAAGGUGGAAUUUGGUUAUAAAAUUGGACUUUGACAGUUUUGUACAUUCCAGUAGGUCAGUGGGGUGUUUGACAAGGCAAUUGCUCAACAUUUACAGUGGGGUUCAUUUUUUCUUUUGCUUCCACAGUAACAUUUUCGCUAUGCACUGUUUGUGGCUUGUACCUGCUCAUUAUGUCAUUAACUCUUUGAGACUUCUAAUUUAUUUUAGAAUUCAGAUAUUCCACUCUUUCACUUAUUUUUGCAUAUUCUGUUCUGUUUGAAUUUUUGAAUAGAUUUAUUCCCCUUGCCAUGGAGGAAGUUUUUCCCAUAUACCUGUCUUGGAUCAUAGAGGUGUAUAAAACUUAUAUAUUUGGAGCCAGGCUCCAGAAAAGAGGCCACUGCCUUAAAUUUCAGUUAAUAUAUGCUUAUUGUGGGUGUUAACAGUAGCAAAUGCAGAGUCUAAGUACACUUAGAAUGGCACCUGUGUCCCAAAAGCACUAGAGUUAAUGCCAAACAGUAAUUGGAAAUGUUGUUCCUCAGUGGUCCUGUUUGUCUGCUAGUAAAAAAAAAAAAAGAAAAAAAUGAAAGGAGUUGAGGAAAUUGAGCAGUUUCCAGAAGAAAAGGGAAGUUUUGAAAUAGGAAGCUCUACAAUUUCUCGAAACACAUUAAUUCCCAUAGGAAACACAGGAAGAUUUGGAAUUGAGUGCCAGGUGAUAGAGGAGAGCAGAGCCAUUUUGGAAUCGUCACUCUCUAGAACUUCCCGUAAGAGGUCUGAUGCAUACAUUUUUCGACAGAGGCAUAAACUAACAAUGUAUUUUACUAAAAUCUAGUUUGAAUAGGCACAUGCCAAAUAGAAGAAUUUUCAUAUUUGCCUCACCUUUUAGUUACAUCCAAUGGGAAAGUGAACCCCUACCGUGUAACAUAGGGUGGGGCUUCAAGGCAAAAUAACUUCAACCACUUGGUGGAAUUCCCGCUGAUGUCACUGGGAAAGGGUGUGGCCGAGUGGAUUUGCCAUGCUGCCUCUGAACCCUGGUGGUCUCCUGAGGCAGCCCUCUUCUUAGGAUCCCAGCUACCUCACGAGCAGGAUUUCCUUUCCUGGUUGUAGUGCUGCCUCGUGAGAUGGAAUUACAGUAUUUUAAUCUGUGUACUUUUCCCAUUGCUUCUCAGCCCCACUGAGUUUCAUGUAACUGAGGUGUUUACAUGAAGGAGAGGAAGCCCCUGAGAUCCCACAGCUCAGAGCCAAAGAGCAUGUUACCAGGAGGUGUGACCAUGUCCUUAUACCACUCUGGCCCAAUUUAGACAUUCUGAUGUGUUAGAAGGACAAUUUCCCUGUGAUUUCCAUGGUCAGAGUAUGGGGGGUUGUUUCUGCUCCCUCACUGGUAAGCUUUUCUCUGCCAUCUGCCUUCUUACUUGUCUUCAAGCUGUGAAAAUCCUGACAGCCUCUUUGUAAACCCAGAAAUUGGAUAAGGCAAUGGAUAUUCUUUUGAGUGUCUUGGUUUUUUUUGGGCAGAUGUGGCACUGAUUUCCUUUCUUUGUCUGGGAUGAAAAAAGUUUUAUAGCACCAGCCUGUCUACAUCUUUCACUAGAGGUGGAUCAGUCAAGAAACUGGUGGCAUAAGCCACUUGCACACAGUUUUAUAUUUAUCAGCAAGACAUUGUGUGUGUGUGCUGAGCAUGUGAAGCAAAAUCACCCCCUGUGGCUUUAUUCUCCAAGGCAGAGUUGGAUAUACCCAGCUUCCACAGAAGACUGAAGAGGCCCUUCUGUGCAAUACUUCUGCUGACCCCAUUCUGAUGUCCAGGCAAUGGCUCAUUUUCCUUUGCAGCUGAUCUUCCAUUAUCUGUUACACAUUUUUCUGUUGCAAAAAGCAUGUUUUCUUCCCCCAGAGCAAUGUUCUGUAUCGCCUUAACAGACCUACUUAUGCUGUUUGCAGACAUUUCCACACAAUUUUUCCCUUCCUGUUAGCAAAGAAAGCAAAUGCAAGCUAAAAGGCAUUUCAGCCUCAGAAACCUACAAAAACCAGCAUUUUAAGUUACUGUAUUCAUGACAGAAUUGCAAUUUUUUUAGGUAAGAAGUAAUUUCUUUAUGAAAAAUACAUUCUUGUCUUGUUAAUAGCUACAUCAUUUUGAGAAGGCAAAAUUUUCAGCAUUUCAGCAUCAUUUUUCAGAAUACAAAUUCUGAAGCAGCAACAGGAGCUGAAGGGUACUUUCCCUGUGCAGGUCAGUACCAGUCCUGCAGUGAUGAUUUGAGAAAGCCAUGCAUAAACAAGCUAUAAAAAGGCUUUUAAAAAACCCUAGAUUUACGGUCGUCAUUUUAAUAAUCCAGGAUGAGUCCCUCUUUUUACAGUUGCUUUCUAAAUCACCCAAAUGUGUUUGUGAUUUAGAAGUAAUUCAAGUGACUCAUAAAAAGCUGGAUAAGAGAAAUAAACUGAAGGAAACAAACAAAAAGAUAUUUGAGAGUUUAGAUAUUGCAAAUAGCUUUUAAAAAAACAAUUCCAUAGUUAAAUGGAAUUGAAUAACUUUAUUCAUUUUUUAAAAAGGGUUAAAAUGAUUUAAUGGAGUAGCAAAUAAGUUAUAGUUCUUGAACAAGUUAUGGUGAAUAGUUAUAAUGCCUUUAAAAUUUACCAAAUUCAUUUCCUGUGGAACAUUUAUUGCUUUUAAUGCUGGUCAAAUUAUUUUGCAUGAUGACUUUUUGUCCCUUUAUCCUCUGGUAAUUAGGAACUGAAGUUUCUCAAUGUUAGUUUUCAGUCCUUACCAAGGGUUGCAAAACUGUAAUGGCCAACUGCUUUGCUUUUAGAAGGUUGAAAUGCCCACUGAAGUGUGUCUCAUCAUUGCACUGGAACCAGCCCUUAAGCACAAAGUACAGGAGGUGAAAAAGAGAAAAGAAGAAUCAAGAAAACUAUCUUUUUUUUCUGUGAUUUUUCCACUGUAGCCUAUUGUCCUGUCCAAAGACUCACGACUGGAUUCUCAGGUGACUUCAGGCAAAGCUCAGCAUUUAACAAUGAUUUGCUUCAAAGUCUAUAAAUGCAAUUAUUAAAAAAGCAGGGUAAGGAAAAAUGUAAUAAUAAAUAUUGCAUUCAGUUUAAAUGUGAGAAUGCUGAAUUACCACCUAUUACACAGUGUACUUGGUCCUUAUUAAGUAACUUUUUUGUGUGUGUGUGUUACUUGCCUUAUAUUGACUCCUGUAGUAGUAAAGAAAGCAAUUAGGCGUGCUAAAAUGAUCUCAUCAGUUUUCUGUUUCAAAGAAACCACAAAGCUUUUGCAUUUAACAGCAAGGGGAAACGCCAACAUUUUUUUUAACAUUGUAUAGAGAAAGUGAAUGUUAAAAGAGAGUAAAUUGUGAGCAAAUGGUUUGCUUUUUUUUAUCUGAGAAGAAUGAGUCCUCUACUUCAAAAAGGCUGCAGAAAUACAUGGCGAACACAGGGAACCUGAAAAUAUAUUAGAUAUUCCUCAUAUAUUUGCCAAAGACAGCUGCACAGCGCAUGUCCUAGUGAUAGCAGCUUUAUGGCAUAGGAUUACCCUGAAUUUAGGACAAACCCUUUACUCUGACUGAAACCAAGCUACUCAAGCAAUUUUCUUGUUUAAGAGCAUACUUAAUGUGCAUGAUGCUUACAAGCCCAUCUACCUGCACAUACAGAAGCAAAAAGAAAAGUCCCAGUCAAUACAUCUUUGAAUAACAUUUUUCAGAGCUAUCCUCUGUAAAACAGGUUCCUUAGAUAUUUCUUAUAUUUAGUACUCAGAAUCUCUAGUGUCUCUAAAAUUUAAUUACAUAAAUUUUGAUGCAUCUGGAAAAUAAAAUCAUAUGCUGCAGGGAUCUUGAGGUGUAGUAGGCAUAAUAAAGAACCAACCUAUUAUGUAUGUAUGUAAGGUGCACCGGUAUCCUGGUGUUCUUCAUUAUAAAAAUCUGCACUAGUCACAUUUGUGUGGGAGACUUGUUUCAGUCUUUAUGCAUGAUGAAUGAGGUCAGAGACCUACAUUUUAUACUAGUGAGAGUAUAAGAAAAAUAAAAAUUUCUCUUGAUGCAAGUACCAUUGUUUUGAGGUUUAUUUUAAUUAUGUUUCUUUUAAGGCAUUAAUAAAUUGAUACAAUAAAUUCAUGCAGCUGUUGCAUGCAUUUUUAA